AUGCGAAAACAAGCAUUGAAGGUGAGCCAAGAGAAUCACUCUCCAAGGAGAGGAAGAGGAAGGGGUCGAGGAGGCUUUCGAGGACGCCAAGGAUCAUUUGAUAAAUCAAAUGUGGAGUGUUACUACUGCCAUGAAAUGGGACACUUUCAAUAUGAGUGUCCUAAAAAGGAGUAUGAAACAAAAGCCAAUGUAGCUAAAACUGAAGAAGAGUUGUUGCUGAUGGCAUAUGUGGAAGUCAAGGGAGAACAAAUCAACAACACAUGA